UUAAACAUCUCGAAUUAUUUACGUCACCCACUGGAACAUUAAAAGUGGCCAUCAAAUUACAGAAAUCGCUGUUGUCAUUUUCAAAAAUGGAAGGCAGUCUCAUUCACAGAAGAAAUGAAAAGAUUUCGGAUUCCGACGAGAGAAAGGAAAAACAAAGUAGCUUCACCGCUGCGGCAAGAAUAACACGGCCACAUCAUAUGGAACCAGGGAAUGCUUCUGGCAUCAUGUUUUGGGUUGCUGUUGGUGUCUCUCAAAUUAUCGGCAUCAUCUGCAUUGCCCUAAUCAUUCACUUCGCCAAUCUUUAUGGAGGCUUUGGUUGGAGUAGCGAUCCAAACUUGCAGUUCUCUUAUCAUCCAGUACUUAUGGUGGUUGGUCUGAUCUUUUUUUAUGGCGACUCCAUUAUAGUAUACAGAGCUCUCAGUUUCUUACCUAAACCGACUCUGAAGAUCAUUCAUGCUAGCCUUCACUUUUUGGCCUUCAUAUGCUCCUCUAUCGCUUUAGCAGCUAUCUUUGAAAAUCACAGAAGGAAAAGUCUAGCUGAUUUGUAUUCCUUACAUAGUUGGGUUGGUCUAGCUGCAUAUAUAUUCUUUUGUCUUCAGUACCUCCUUGGUUUUGUAACUUUCUUAUUCCCUGGGCUUCCAGCAGAUUUUAGAGCAAAGGCGUUGCCUUUUCAUACUUUCUUUGGAGUCGGUAUCUUCAUUCUAUCCAUUGGAGCAGCAUUAAUGGGAAUGACAGAACGUCUGCUGUGGACAACGAACUAUACAUCAGGUAAAUACACCAAAGAGGGUGCUACUGGAAAUACAUUUGGCAUAUUCGUGAUAGUGUUUGGAUUUUUAAUAGUCUUUCUAUCAACACGGUCAUCGUACAAGCGGAAACCUCUGCCAGAUGAAGUACCUUCAACAGCAAUGAAUUGAAAUAAUUUUGGGCCUAGUCACAGAAACAUUAUUCAGAUUAAGCAGCUUUUAUUUGCAUGUACUGAGUUUUUAUUGACUCACAAUAAUUAGAACUUUACAUUGUGUUUGAGAAAUAUAUUGACUUUUAAUAAGAGGCUCGAAAGUGUUUCAACACCUCUUUUUGCUCUUAAGAUCUAUGUGUUAACAAACUCAUUGUAUUUUAACCAUUUUGUAUUUUCUCCUGAAAAUAUUAUAUAAAUUUGAAACUUUCUUUUAACUGAAA